GGGUUCUUCUGCUUCCCAUUCUGUUUUUUUCUGGAAGAGGUAAUGGGUUUCUCGGGUGAAAAAAAUGGAGAUCUGUGUUGAUUAUUGAAACCCUAUGUUUUCGUAUGUUGUGGGCAGGGUUUGUAAUGCAAUGUUUCAAUUAGAUUGCCUAAAAAAUGUUUAGCAUCAUCAAUCAGAAGCAAAAUUUUGUCGGUUUGUAAUGUUUCCAUUAGAUUUCCUCAAAAAUAUACUUUUAGUGAUUUAUGUUCGGUCAUUAGGUCAUCUCCAACCGAAAAACUCAAUUUCCACUCCAAAAUAUAAUAAAACUUCAAAAUGCAGUCAUUCUUUUUCAAUCGAACAUCAUUUCUUCUUUUUUUUCACGCUUCCUACUAAGGUAACCAUAUUUGGUGCACUUUUCUCUCUUUCAUGUGCUUCUUCGGCAGAUGCUGCAAUGAAUUUUUUUGGCGUAGGUGAACAGUUCGACGACAAUAUUGACGUCACUGUUCACCUACCGGAAUUUGACGUGCAAAUAACGGAUGGGAUACGGUGGGCAAUCAUUGAUCUUCCAUUGCAAAACUAUUGAAGUUUGCAAAUAUUUAAAAGGAGCUUAAUAUGAUCUUCAAUUUGCGCUGCUUUGGUGUGAGGAAAAAGCAUCUCGGAGAUUUUGCUGAAUUUUCAACUGAAAAGAACCUAAGGCUUUUCUCUUACAAUGAACUAAGGUCUGCAACAAGUAACUUCUGCUUGAGCAAUAAGAUAGGUCGUGGGGGUUUUGGAAGUGUUUACAAGGGAGUUCUUAAAAAUGGCACUCUAAUAGCUAUAAAGGUACUGUCUGCACAAUCGAAGCAAGGGGCGAAUGAAUUUUUGACCGAGAUUGAUGUGAUCACAAAUGUUAGUCAUCCAAAUCUUGUUCGGUUAAUCGGUUGUUGUGUGCAAGACACGAAUCGAAUUUUGGUAUACGAGUAUGUGGAAAAUAAAAGUCUUGAUCAUGCAUUGUUAGGUUUGAAUAGUGAAAAAUAUAAACUGAACUGGGACAUAAGAAGUGCAAUUUGUAUUGGAAUUGCUAAAGGUCUUACAUAUCUUCAUGAAGGAGAUGGGCCACAGAUUGUCCACAGAGAUAUUAAAGCUAGCAAUAUUCUUCUUGAUAAAAACUUUCUGCCUAAAAUUGGUGACUUUGGCUUGGCAAAGCUCUUUCCAGAUAAUGUUAGUCAUAUCGUCACACAAGUUGCCGGAACAACUGGCUAUUUGGCACCUGAGUACGCAAUGCAUGGACAAUUAACCAAGAAAGCUGAUAUAUACAGCUUUGGGGUGCUUAUACUGGAGAUUGUGAGUGGGAAGAGCAGUUCCAAGCCUUACUGGUAUGAGAAUGAUAAGCUUCUGCUGGAAUGGACAUGGGAGCUAUAUGAAGAAGGAAACCUGUCAGAGUUAAUUGAUCCAGUUCUUGGAGAUUAUCCGCAAGAAGAGGUACUAAGAUACAUUAAAGUUGCACUGUUCUGCACCCAAGCUGCAGCUGGAAGAAGACCAUCCAUGCCACAAGUUUUGCAAAUGCUAUGCAAGCCUGUAAUACUCAAUGAGAAGGAACUUACAAAGCCUGGACUCAUUCAAGAACUAAAAUCCAAUGCUUCCACAUCUCCAGUUUCCAUUCCUGGCUUCACUUCUAGUCCUCUUUCUUUCACUGAAAUGUUUCCAAGGUGAGAUCUUACCAUGCCUUUUUCAGAGGAAGGUUUCAUUUGGGACGGCUUUCUUACUGCUUAUUAAAGUAGCUUUUUAGUAUAAAAAUAAAAAAUUUGGUAUUAAAAAGCUGUUUUAAAAAACAGUAAUAAAGCCAUCCAAAUGAAGCUGAAAAGGAUUGGAAGACCACUAGCGAAUUAUCUGGGAAAUGUAGAUUUGUUUGGCAUGUUCUUUCUUUGUAUUUAAUUGUUUAUAUUUAUUUUGUACCAUUUAUGAGUUCUCAUAAGUUUUCUAAAA